UGUGUGUGUGUGUGUGUGUGUGUGUGAUGAAGAACGAGUGUGAUCGAGUCCGUGUGUGUGAUCGAGUCCGGGAGGCAUAGGAUGCGGUGGUAAUUGCUAGCGUGGUAGUCUUCGUUGGUGUGGCUGCAGUUGGCGUGUUUCCCGCUGGGUGCAAAGGUCGGAUCUUCGUCGCCUGGCUCGACGUCGCCUGGCUCUUGCGUCGGCUGGCUUUGCGUCGGCGAGUUGAAUUGCAGCUGAUCGGCUGCCAUCCGCCGUUUCGAGUUGGGUGGAGCACAGAAGGGGUAGGGACGGCGGCAUGACUCCACCAACACCAGCACCGCACGCGCACGCGCAUCCAGGUUGUAGGGAGGAGGAACGAGUGAGAGAGGUCAUGCCCGAGUCCAAGACUGCGGCACGGUCGCGUCAGUACAAGGAGGUCCAGGCGCUGGACAAGCAGAUGAAGGCGCUCAUUGCCAAGGCCAAGAAGGCUCGCGACAAGAAGCGCAAGGCCGAGCUGAUCCAGGAGCACGAGCAGAAGAAGGCCGAGAUGCUGGCUCGGCAUGAGGCUGAGCUCGCGGCCAUCGAGGCCGGCAACGAGGGCGGGGACGUUGGGGAGGCCCCGGCAGAAGCAGAGGCAGAGGCCGAGUCGGAGGCGGAGGCGGCAGCACCGGACGCAGCGGCGUCGGCAGAGGCCGAGGAGGCGGUACCGGCGCCGGCGCCGGCGCCGGCCGCGGAGGAGAACAAGACGACAAGCGAGUCGCUGGGGAGCAUGAAGAAGCGCCACGCGCACGAGAUGCGGACGAUGAUCAAGGAGUUUGACACCAAGAUCAAGGCGGCCAAGAAGAAGAAGGCCCUCAAGCGCGAGCUGCAGGUCGAGAAGGCCAAGGCCGAGGCCGAGAUGGAGGCGCGGCACGCAGCCGAGCUGGCGGCGCAUCCGGACAACAGCGGCGAGGGCGCCUCGGGCGCGGCGGCGAGCAGCGGAGCCGACGGAAGCGAGGCCGCGGCCGCCAUGGCUGCCGACGCCGGGACCGGCUUCCGCAUCACGGUCGGGCGCAAGUCGAAGAGCCAGCUGAAGAAGGAGCGCAAGGCGGCCGAGGUUGCCAAGCGGCGGGCCGAGGCACAGGCUGCAGUCGACGCGCUUGGCGAGACGAAGCGCCAAAAGGAAGCCGCGGCAAUUGCCGACCGGCUCCUCCCGCAGCGGCUGCGGAUCGUCUCGAUUGUGCCGGACGGCCACUGCAUGUUUGCCGCAACGCUGCACCAGCUUGGCGAGCCGGCGUCCGAGGUCAUGGCCCUCCGCAAGCAGGUCGUUGACCACAUCCGUGCCAACCGUGACGAGUAUGCGCCGUUCAUGAUGAACGCCGCCGGCUCAACCAUGACCGACGACCAAUUUGAGGCCUACUGCGUCCGCAUGGAGACCACGCCGGCUUGGGGUGGCCAGCUCGAGCUCGCUGCCCUCACCGCAGUCGUCAACCGGCCCAUCCACAUCUACAACGCCCAGGAGACUAUCGUCAUGGGCGAGGACAAGGCCGGCGACCCGCUCCGUCUCUCCUACCAUCUCCACGAGCUCUCCCUUGGCGAGCAUUACAACUCGGUCGUCGCCUUCCCAGACGAUGCUUAGCGUACCCCCCUCCCCCCUCCCCGAUAUGCCAUACCACUGUAAAGCCAUGGUCUUCCACUGA